AUGAACGGUUUCAAGGACCUUCACCAGUCCGCUUUGAAGCAGUACUGCGUUGUGGAAAUCGGUUCGGUUGCAUACUUUGUCAGAAAUCGAGUCGAGAAAACGCUUCCGGAAGAGUACACUGGUGUCCUGCCCCCACUGUCGAUUGUGCCCGCUGUCCUUCUUAACGUUCAGGCCGACUCUCCAAUUACUCGCGACUUUCUGGAGAAGAGCAUUUCCACUUUUAGCGCCAUCGAUGAUGUCUUUACUUUGGACUUUAUAAAGAAUGGUAUUAUCAUAGCUCAAGUGGGAAGAGAUGAAACCUCAACCCAAGUCUCGAGCGAACUCGAGAGCUAUUUAACUUCGAAAAAUAUCGGGUUACUCUUCUCUAGACCAACUUCGCACUUGGAGGCACCGCUUCCACAGGGUCCCUAUAUCCUUAGGGGCAGAAAUAUUCAUCAACCUUGGCGUCUUUACGAGGAUCACUUGAGAGCUUUUGUUACCGCGGUAUUCCCUGCUGAUGAUGGUAACCCGCAUGGAUUCCAACCUCUGAGGGCGGGUGCCUAUAACGGUCUCUAUCCGGUUGUUGCCGUGCCUUCUCGUAUCUACUAUCCCGCCACGAAAGAUAAACCCUUGAACGGGAAACGGAUAACAGUCAAAGACAUUUAUUUUCUAGCCGGAAUCAAAAAGACGUUAGGAAGUCGCGCGUACACGGAAUGCUACGGACCGGACGAAGAAACAUCCCAGUUUAUUCAAGAGCUUAUUGAUCAAGGGGCUAUUAUCCUCGGGAAAACCAAAAUGGGGGCGUAUGCAGGAUCUGAAAUACCGCCGGAGAAGUGUAUUGAUUACUUUGCGCCAUGGAACCCUCGUGGUGAUGGAUACCAAGGACCCUCAGGUAGUUCGAGCGGUGCGGGAGCUACGGUAGCUGGAUAUGAUUGGGUUGAUUUAUCCUUGGGCGGUGAUACCUCUGGCAGUAUCCGAAUGCCUGCGGCAUCAUAUGGCUUGUGGGGCCUAAAGGGAACUGAUCAGGCGUUUCCCAUGAAAAAUAUUAUGCCUAACGUCGAGGCAUUUGACUCCAUCGGUAUUCUUGGCCGCAGCCCCCAAGAACUCGUCGAUAUUUUAAAAGCAUCAGGCUUCGCAUCACUUUCGCAGGCGAAGCUGCCCUCGAAAAUUUACUACUUGACGGACUGGUUCCCCAUGAAAAAUGAUGCCCAGCAAGCCAUGGUUGAAAGCUUUCUUAAAAUUCUUGAGAAUUAUGUUGGCAUCAAACACGAAAAGGUUUCCAUAGCAGCUGAAUGGCUCAAGAGCGGGCCCGAGGAUGUCCGUCACUUAACUGUCGUAGAAUUCCUAGCGAAGACCGGUUACUAUCCCAAUCACUAUGACGGGUAUCAUGUAUAUGACAAAUUUCGCAGCGACUACCAAAAGAAGUUCGGAAAAAAGCCAUAUACAAGUCCUUUCAUGGAGAGACGCUGGAAUCGAGGGAAAGAAUCAUCACCAGAAAAUCGGCAGCGAUCUAUAGAUGAAAUGAAAGUAUUUCGUGACUGGAUCUUUAAGACAUUUUUAGAAACCGAGGCAGACGGUAUCUCGGGACCCAUAAUGUUGAUUCCACUAGGGCGACCUGGUAACAAUCCUAGGGACGUUGUUCCUCCUGCUGGACCGGAGUUCGCCCCGACAGCAUACGACUCUAUUUUCUUUUCCUCCAUUGUCGGGAUACCUCAAGCGAUAAUUCCAAUCGGACAAAAUCCAUAUCAGUCAAGAGCUUCGGGGAAUACCGAGUACGCCCCUAUCGUCGCAUCAUUCGCCGGUGUUCGAGGGAGCGAUUUAAUUCUUAUAGAGCUCGCACAAAAGGCUCUUGAAAGGGCCGGUUGGCCAAUAAUUGUCCAGACGGGUCCAAAUAUCUUCGAUCUAGGAGAGAGCCAAAACCACCCGGAGAGAAUAAUCAGGGAGACUUCUAAACUUUCGUAG